CUUGGCCUCAAUUGGGUUUCUCCCUGCGUGUUUCUAUCAAAUUUCCAUACGCAUUUGGUGGCACCACACAGCCCAGCGGACCAGUUUGCGCAGGUGGAUGUGUAACGGCCAUGCCUGCGUUCACAGAAAGCUCCCUUGAUGGACACAGCAACGCUGGCGGAUGGGACUUUUUUUUGAUGAAAUUUGAUGGCGAAGGUGUCCAGUCCUUCGUUUUUGUGGACACGUUGCAGCUGGUCUCGGCCAAUUCCGUGCUGGCCAGUGCCACUAUGGUGCCUGGGAACCAGCACCUCUACUCCCUGGUCAUUCCGGACGUGACACCUGGAAACUACUCCGUGCAGGAGCCCAACGACGCAACGGCCAAAGCCUCUGUACAGCUCACGGGGCCCGCAGCCACGCUGCUCCUGGAGGCGGACAAAGCUCUUUACAAGCCCGGGCAAGUGGUGCGCUUGCGCGCACUGGCGCUGAAUGCCGCCGACCUGCGUCCGCUCGCAAGAAACCUGAGCUUCGAGGUGAUGAGUCCAGAAGGUUUUAAGCUCAUCAAGACCAUGAAAGCAACAGAUGAAUAUGGAGUCGCCGAGUUUACCUUUCCAAUUGCGCAGGAGCCGUUGCUUGGGCGACACUUGGCACAAGUGGCCGUUCCCGGGGCUGGUGCAGGCGCAUCGGCUCAGGCACCAUUCAGCGUGGAGGAGUACGUCUUGCCGCGAUUCCAAGUGUCUCUGACGCUGGACCAAUCGCACCUCAUGGUGGGCUCCUCCACACCUGCGACGCAACGGGUCACUGGCAAGGUCUUUGCCAAUUUCACCUUCGGUGAGCCGGUCCGCGGCGGUAAGUGCAGCGUGGUCCUGUGGUCACCGCUGAUGCCAUGGGAAGCCACAACAUCUAGAGAGGAUGCAUCCAGUGGCACUCAACACAAAGCUUUGACCAGCUUGACGGGUCUUGAGCUGGAUGACACUGGCACUACCACCUUUACCGCGGAAGUCUCCAGUGACAUGAUGACUACGGGAGGCGCCAUCCAGGUGGAGGCAACGGUGGUGUACGGGCCCACUGGCGAAAGGCAGAGCGGCACUCAGCAGCUUCCAGUGCAAUACCAGGGAUCCGAUCUGCAAGUGGACAUGGAGCUGGGCGACGGACUGGAGGUCUUCCGUCCGGGUUUGCCGGUCCAUGUGCGCCUACGUUUGACCAAGCCGGAUGGACAAGUGCCCAGCCAGGAGGAGUUGACAGGGGAAUUAGUGCUAGUCGCGAACCUCAAUGCAGUGAGCUAUGGACAGAGGCCAGAUGCGAUCCGCGUUCCUCUGACUGCGUCUUCAUUUGACAGCAACGGAGUGCAGGUGCAGCCAGGAGCUUGCCAUGUUCUUAUUGGCACAUCGAAGCUUUUUGUGUCUCGCGACCAUGCAUUCGACAAUGCCGAGCCUUGGAAGAACUACAUCAAAAGGCUCAUAGCGCUGAAUGAUUUCGAGAAGAGGCUGAAGUCUGUCGAGGGCUAUGAUGAGAUGUCAAGCAGCAAGUUCUACUUCAUAGUGUCCCCGUCUGGUAGUGGCCAGACAACUUUUACCAAGAUCUCGAACAUUGUUGGGGCCUGUGCAAUGUUGAUCUUUCGCAGAUACUCCGAAAGGACCAAGAUGUAG